GCGGAGGUGACGUGAGGCGUAGCGGAAGUCCCUGCCGCCGCGGUGUUGUGCUGUGGAACUGUAAGACGGGAUUGUAAACGCCGGAGUGAGCGAGGUCUUGCUACCCCGAGGCCGCUGCGGUGCGGAGACCUGGGGGAAGCCGCCAUCACCAUGUCUGAUCAGGAGGCAAAACCUUCAACGGAGGACUUGGGGGAUAAGAAGGAAGGUGAAUACAUUAAGCUCAAAGUCAUUGGACAGGAUAGCAGUGAGAUUCACUUCAAAGUGAAAAUGACAACACAUCUCAAAAAACUUAAAGAAUCAUACUGUCAAAGACAGGGAGUUCCAAUGAAUUCACUCAGGUUUCUCUUUGAAGGUCAGAGAAUUGCUGAUAAUCAUACUCCAAAAGAACUGGGAAUGGAGGAAGAAGAUGUGAUUGAAGUUUAUCAGGAACAAACAGGGGGCCAUUCAACGGUUUAGAUAUUCUUUUUAUUUUUUUCUUUUCCCUCAAUCCUUUUUUAUUUUUAAAAAAUAGUUCUUUUGUAAUGUGGUGUUCAAAAUGGAAAUGAAAACUGGCACCCCAUCUCUUUAAAACAUCUGGUAAUUUGAAUUCUAGUGCUCAUUAUUCAUCAUUGUUUUCAUUGUGCUGAUUUUUGAUGAUCAAACCUCAGCCUCCUUCAUAUUGUCCUCUCCUUUUUAAAAAUUAUGUGAGUGCACAGAGAGGCCGAUUUUUUCAGGACUGUGCAUUUUCAGGCUUGUGGUAAUAAGAUUGACCAAUGUGAUUGUUCAUAUGACUUUCCAAUUGGCCCUGAAGUUCAAGCUUGUGAUUGCUUCACUCCUGGACUAUGACUUGCAGUGGGAGAUGGAAGUUUUUCAGAGAACCAAACUGUGGAAAAUGACCUUUCCUUAACUUGAAGCUUAAAUCUGAGGGUCUGGACCAAAAGAAGAGGAAGAUCAGCUUUGGAGUCAAGAUGACAGACGUGGUGAGAGUAGUGACUAACUCCAAGGAUGACUUCAUUGAAGAGAAAGCAGUUUAAGAUUAAAAAAAAAAAAUCUUGUCAGAAGAUCCCAGAAAAGUUCUAAUUUUCAUUAGCAAUUAAUAAAGUUACACAUGCAGACGUGCAUACAGCAGAA